CUGGGAAUUUCUUUAUUGCAUAAUUUUUUUAAGUUUUACCGCGCAGUGAGUGAGAGAGAGUGACAAAGAUUUGGAAUUGGAAUUUGGAAGAGGUGAAAGUGACCGGGUGAACCGGUUACCAAUAACGGUGUUGGUAGAAUUCAGAAAACGGGAAAGUAUAUGAAGGGCUUUGAGGGACGACAGCUCUUUUUUGCAGAGAAGCUAAACCCAAAAAUUAUUUCUAAUUUUAAUAAAAAAAACUAAAUUAAAUUAAAUUGAUGGCCACACUCUCUCCCUCCUUUUAUCUUCUCCUCUGAAACUAUACCCAAAUUCUCUUUUCUUUUCUUUUCUUUCUUUCUAUCACUUUUUUUUUUGGGUAGCUAGCUAAGUACUCCAGCUUAGUUUAUAUAUAAGUUGGUUGUGGUUAUUUUUCAUUUUUAAAUUAAUUUAUUUACAGAUUUUUGAAGUGGUGGGGGGUUGUUGAUCAAUGGAGUUCGAAGAUCAAGAGGAGCACGAUGAGGAGAUGGAGAUGGCGGCGAGUUACGACUCGUUGGGUAACUCGGGAUCAGGGCGAGUCAAAAUGCCGAGUUCGGGUGGAGUAGCAGCAGCUGCAGCCGGUGAGGGGGUGAUGGCUCAGUCCGCGGCUCAACCGAGGAAACCGAGGUACAGAGAGUGCCAAAAGAACCACGCCGUGGGUAUGGGAGGUUACGCCCUCGACGGUUGCGGCGAGUUCCUAGCAGCCGGCGCCGAAGGCACACUGGACGGGCUAAAAUGCGCUGCGUGCAGCUGCCACCGUAACUUCCACCGCAAGGAGACCGAUUCCGUCGGAGGUGGAGGCGGACUAACGGCAGACCCUUACGGUGGUCCCCUUGUGCCCCACCACUACCCUCACCCACAAUUGUCGCCUUACUACCGUACUCCCACCGGGUACCUCCACGUGGCGCCGCACCAUAGGCCGCUGGCUCUACCCUCGACAUCAGGCGGCGGAGCCGGUAGUCACAGCCGUGAGGACCAGGAGGACGUUUCGAACCCGAGCGGAGGAGGAGGAAGCGGAUUCGGGUUUGGGUCUGGGUCGUCGAAUAAGAGGCGGUUUCGAACCAAGUUCAGCCAGGAGCAGAAGGAUAGGAUGUUGGCUUUAGCGGAGAGGUUGGGUUGGAGGAUUCAGAAGCAAGAUGAGGCGGUGGUGCAGCAGUUCUGUAACGAGACUGGAGUCAGGCGUCAGGUGCUCAAGGUUUGGAUGCAUAACAACAAGCACACUCUUGGUAAGAAACCCUAGAGAGAUGAGAUCAUUAUCAUAUCAUAACUAGAAACCCAACAAAAACAACAAGAGAAAACACACAAGGGUGAAAAUGCUAGCUAGUAUUAGUAAUAUUAGCUCAUUAAAGCCAAGAAAAUCCAAAAAAAAAAAAAAAUUGAUCAUGAUAUGAAACUAUUAGUUAUCAUCAUGGGUAUUAUGUUAUUAUUCUUGGUCCCAAAACUCUAAGUAGGUUUAGGUGUAGUUUUAGUAGCUAAACGGAAUGAGAGGGUGUUGUUUUUUUCUUUCUCUUAUUUAAAAUUAUUUAAGUUAAUUCUCUCUAUCUCUCUCUACCUUUGCACUGAAAGAAAGAAUUAACGUUGAUGGUACGGGUUCAAGGUUUUGAAGCGGGAAUGUGUGUAUGUUUAUUGUUGUUGCUGCUGCUGCUGACUGAUCAGUGAUCACUUGUCGAGAAAUUCUACUAGUUUUCUCGGGAUUUUAUUUAGUUUUUAGGGUUUUUUUAUUUCUCUCUCUCUCUUUUUUUUGGGUGGAGUUUUGUAGUUUUAAUGAAUGGAACAUUUGAUCACAUCUUGAUUCAGACUUAGAUUAUUGCUGAUGGUUAAAUUAAUAUUCGACAAUGUCCUUCUAUAUCUUUCUAUAUUAUUAGUGCAUGGAAAAUCUAUUGUUCCGUA